CCAGACAACUAGCGGUGACAUCAGUCCAAGCAGUGCAGGCAGUCACCCCACAGACUCGGCUGCGCUGCUCAGAGAUGGCGUCCCUUCUGCAGCCAGAUAGAGUUGUCUAUCUGGUUCGUGGAGAAAAAAGAAUCAGAGCCCCUUUAUCUCAACUUUAUUUCUGUCGUUACUGUAGUGAGCUACGGUCUCUGGAAUGUGUGUCUCACGAGGUGGACUCUCACUAUUGUCCAAGCUGUCUGGAGAACAUGCCAUCUGCAGAGGCCAAGCUUAAAAAGAAUAGGUGUGCAAACUGUUUUGACUGCCCGUGUUGCAUGCACACACUGUCUACCCGAGCCACCAACAUCCCAGCUCCUCUGCCUGAUGACCCCACCAAGACGGCCAUGAAGAAGGCCUACUACCUGGCCUGUGGCUUCUGUCGCUGGACCUCCAGGGACGUGGGGAUGGCCGACAAAUCAGUUGCCAGUGGUGGAUGGCAGGAGCCAGAGAACCCUCAUACUCAGCGGAUCAACAAGCUGAUCGAGUAUUACCAGCAGCUGGCUCACAGAGAGAAGCAGGAUAGAGAUCGGAAGAAGCUGGCCCGGAGACGACAGUGCAUGCCUCUGGCCUUCUCGGUACUUAUUACUCAUUCUGAGCUAGGGGUGGGCGAUAUGACGAUAUAUAUCGUCGAGAAGAUAUUAGGUCUCCACGAUAUGCCUUUUCAGAGAUAUCAUAUAUAUCGUGAUAGUGCACCAGGGUAGGAUUUUCACGGCGGCCAUGACGGCCGGUCUGACCAAGAAGCACCGAAAAUAAUUGUACGUCCUACGGC